AUGGGUAGCGGUCUCCUUGGAAAUGUGGCAUCAGUUGCAGCCGGUUCCGUCAUUGGCCACGGCAUUUCACAUAUGCUCUUUGACCGCAAUGCCCCGCCAGCACAACCCACUGAGUUGCAACAGGUGGCACAACAAGUUGGUAACGGUGCCUGUGCAGCUCAUGUCCAAACUUAUGCAAAAUGUUUGGAAGCAAAUGAAGGCAAUGCGGCACCAUGUAAAUGGGCAUGGGAAACCUUUACACAGUGUCAAAGUGAGCAGCAACCAACUCAAUAA